UUUGCUACUUCUGAAAAAUUAUCGUAGUGAGAUUGGAACUUCAUCAAACUUAAUACGCAAUGUUAGCGUUUAUUUGUUACGCUACAUUGAUAAGUAUUUUUGUGCUCCGGACAAAUGGGAUAAAUAAUGAGGCACUUGCAUCUAGAGAAUGGUGGGAAACCACAUUAAUUUAUCAGAUCUGGCCUAGAGGAUUUCAAGACAGUGACGGUGACGGUGAGGGUGAUCUAAAGGGUAUUAUUAGCCGACUCGAUUACAUAAAAGAUCUUGGAAUCGAGACGAUUUGGUUGAAUCCUAUUUAUCUUUCACCGUUAAUUGAUUCUGGAUUUGACGUCUCCAAUUAUACGGACAUACAUCCUGUUUUCGGAAAUUUAAAUGAUUUUGAUAAUUUGGUGCAAGAAGCGCACGACCGAGGAUUGAGAGUCAUUGUGGACAUUAUUCCUAAUCAUUCCAGCAAUCAGCAUGAAUGGUUCAAGUUAUCGGCAAAAAACAUUAAACCGUACACUGAUUAUUACAUCUGGGCAGAUGGUAGCAUCGAUAAGACUGGCAAAAAUAUUCCACCAAAUAAUUGGACAAGCAUUUACGGAGAAGACUAUAAAUGGUCAUUGCACGCUGCAGAAGAAUCUGCAUGGACAUGGCAUGAUGAAAGAAAACAAUGGUACUAUCAUAAAUUUCAUAGUUCUCAACCAGAUUUAAAUUUGAGAAACGAGAAAGUGAUCAAAGAAUUAAUGGAUAUAUUUGACUUUUGGCUGAAAAGAAAUGUCGAUGGUUUUCAAAUUAAUUCAGUGCCUUAUUUUUUCGAAGACGAAGCUCUAAGAAAUGAACCCUUUGACGAAAGGGGCAAAUACACUUUUGGUCUUCCUGAAAGUACUGCUCUUCUCUAUACAUUUCGUGAACAUAUUGAUAACUGGGUAUCGGAAAAUAAUGCUCAGUCAAAAUUGUUAAUCGCGGAAUCGUAUGAUAAUUCUGAUGACAAUUUAAUGGCGUAUUACGGCAAUGGCACGCACAAAGGGAUCGCACCGUUUAAUUUUAAAUUCAUCGCACGUAUUCACAACAGCACCGAUGCUAAUUUGACUAAGCACGUCUUGGAGACAUGGCUUAAACGUCUUCCAAAGGACACCAGAACCAAUUGGGUGCUUUCAAAUCAUGAAAAUUCGAGAGCAACUUCAAGAAUUGGGCUUAACCGAAUCGACGGUCUUCACAUGCUUAGUCUACUCUUGCCUGGGCAAGCGUAUACGUACUAUGGUGAUGAAAUAGCCAUGUUAGAUACGGAUGUAUCUUGGAGAAGUACCAUUGAUCCCUUAGGUUGUGCCAAAGGCAAAGAUGAAUAUGAAUAUUUCUCGAGAGAUCCAGCGAGAACUCCCAUGCAAUGGAAUUCCAAAAUUUCAGCUGGUUUCUCUACGAAUAAAAACACUUAUCUCCCUGUUCAUCCUAAGUAUAUUGACAGAAAUGUAGAGAUACAACAAAGAAAUAAAAGAAGUAAUUUGAAGACGUACAAGGAACUGGCUAUGCUAAGGAAAGAUCCAGUUUUUACUGACGGAGAUUAUGAAUUUGCAAGUUUGAAUGAUGAACAAGUUCUCGUAUUAAAAAGAUCUCUGGAAAAUCAUCCGAUAUAUAUUAUUGUGAUUAAUUUGAGUCUAUGGCCACAGAAAGUUAAUUUGACUUCAAUUUAUGCUAAUUUGAGAGAUACUUUGGAUGUCGCGGUGGCUUCUAGCAUUGCAUUUCGCAUCACAGAUACUGUUUCAAGAGAUAAUUUUGAAUUGACAGCAAAUGCUGCGGUUGUAUUAAAAAGCGACGAACAAAAACAGACAACAGUUACCACAACGAGCGAAAGUACGACAAAAGAAGAAGAGAGCUCCACCACAAAGUCCACAACAAAAUCAGAUCAAAAAGACAAGCCUGACGGUGCAAUGUCGAGUUGCACCCCUGCAUUAUUGUUAAUAAUAAGCAGCAUUGUAAUAUCGUGCAGAUUUUGAAAAUAAUGUAGAAGAUAAGAAGCGAGAUACGAUAAAAAGUAGAACUAGAUAUAAAGCUUAAUCGGACAUAGAGUGUUUUAUAUCUUUUAUCUAUUUUAACUAAUUUAAUUUAAUUUUAAAUAAUUAGAUUGAUUAGCGAUUAAGUUUUCUGGUCAAUUACUAGCUAUGUUCUGAUUUUUCAUGCAACAAUGGUCACAUUCAAAUAAGUCGUCUGUCUUCUUAUCGCAAUAUUUCUCAAAACAAUGCUUAUUUUUUAAGAUAUUUGUAUAUUAUAUGCGUUUAUUAUUUAUCUUUUAAACCACCUUGUUCUCGUUUAAAAGAAAUGUUAAAAAAAAACAGACUUCAUGAAACAGCAAAUCCUUAUUAGUCAUAGAAAUCCAUAAAUGGAUACGCGAAAAAAUGCGUAGAAAAAAGGAGAAUCCUCGAUUCGCGUCGGGAGUUCGUAGAAUGUGACCAUUGCAGCAACCUACAUUGAUCUACGAGUAUGUAUGACCAAUCGCGGUGUUGAUCAAAUGCGGAGCGAAUGUGCUUGAUCCGUGCAAUAGAUCGAUCAGACGGCCGUUGUCUUAUAUGUUCUUACCAGAAACAAAGGAUAAAGUCCUUUGUUAAAGUCUUUUAUCUCUCCAUCGAUAUAAUUAACCUUUUACUAUUCGCAACCUUUCAUCUCUUAUCUCAUUAAUAUCGAAAGUAACGACAACUUUAUGUGGCGACAAACGUAUUAAUUUUAUCCAUCGACUUUGUAGAAUCGAUUUCUUUCACACAAUAAACACUGUUUCUCGAUAAAAAUUUGAGUUCAUAAAAAAACAGGGUAAUAACUAGUUAAAUGAUCAAAUAAACUCAAAAAAUUAAUAACUUUUAGCUUAAUUUAGCUAAUUUUUAACGAGUUAAUUUGUAACU